AUGGCAGUGCAUAUUGCCAUAGAUCCAAACAACCAGGUGAAUGCUUCAGGGGCAGCAGAUGGCUUGUGUUUGUGUCAAAAUCAUCAAAUAAUUGGACCGCUAAAUGGAGCAGAAGGAGGGAGUGUGGAGUUCAGACUCAUCAACCCACCAUCUGCUGCCCCUGAUGGAUUCACCUGGAAUUUUGGAUCUACACAGAUAUGCACUGCCACUGGUGGUCCACCGUUCAUAUUCCCUAAUUAUCAAAACAGAGUCUCUGUGGAUCCAAUCACAGUUACACUGGAGCUCAGGGACCUGACUCUCAGUGACGCUGGGGAGUACAGACUGAGCAUUAUUACAGUUGGUGUUGAAAGCACUCUAACAACAGAUCUGUUAGUAUUUGAGAGAAUCUCCAGUGUGACACUAGUAGCCAGUCAUACUGACCUGGUUGAGUUCAACAGCUCUGUCACUCUCACAUGCUCCGCCUCUGGCUCUCCCACUUCAUUCCAAUGGUUUAACAGGAGUGAUGAGGUCACAGGAAGUGAUGGAGGGACUCUGACCAUAGAGAGUGUGACUCGCUAUGAUACUGGGCCAUACAAGUGCAAUGCAUCCAACAUCGUCAGCUUUGGAAUGAGCUCUGAGGUCACUAUGACCAUUGCCUAUGGCCCAGAUAAUGCUGUAGUUAGAGUGACACCUCAAGCUGAGCUUUACAGCUCUGGAUCUACUAUCGUCCUGUCCUGCUCCUCUGUGUCCAGCCCUGAUGCCCAGUUCCAGUGGGCUCUGAAUGGAACCCUGCUGGGUAAAGAGGAACCAGAACUCAGACUGGAGAAUGUUCAGCCCAGUCAGAGUGGAGAAUACACCUGCUGGGCCCAUAAUAGUAAAACCCAGAGGUAUAAACUAUCAUCUCCAACGAGCAUCACUGUGCUGGAGAGAAUCUCCAGUGUGACGCUAGUAGCCAGUCAGACUGAGCUGGUGGAGUUCAACAGCUCUGUCACUCUCACAUGCUCCGCCUCUGGCUCCUCCCCCUCAUUCCAAUGGUUUAACGGGAGUGAUGAGGUCACAGGAAGUGAUGGAGGGACUCUGACCAUAGAGAGUGUGACUCGCUAUGAUACUGGGCCAUACAAGUGCAAUGCAUCCAACAUCGUCAGCUUUGGAAUGAGCUCUGAGGUCACUAUGACCAUUGCCUAUGGUCCAGACACUGCUGGCAUUAGAGUGACACCUCAAGCUGAGUUCUACAGCUCAGGAUCUACUAUUGUCCUGUCCUGCUCCUCUGAGUCCAGCCCUGCUGCCCAGUUCCAGUGGGCUCUGAAUGGAACCCUGCUGGGUAAAGAGGAACCAGAACACAGACUGGAGAAUGUUCAGCCCAGUCAGAGUGGAGAAUACACCUGCUGGGCCCAUAAUAGUAAAACCCAGAGGUAUAAAUUAUCAUCACCAACAAACAUCACUGUGCUGGAGAGAAUAUCUGAGCCUGCCAUUACAAUGUCUGGUCCUGAACAACUGAUAGCAAAUGAAAGUUCUGUGACGUUAACCUGUGAAGCCAAGGGCUUCAUCACUACCAGGAAGUGGAUGAAGCUUUGGUGA